UUAUUACUUGAAGGACCAGCAGUGUGAGGCAGCCACUGGAAUUUAAAAUUGUAAUUGUAAUAGUAAUAGUAAUGGGGCUGAUGCAGGCUGGGUUUUUAUUUCUGCUGUUUUGGUCUGCCUGUUUUCAGUUUAUAGAUAAAGCUGAGUAUGGUGUGUUUGGGCAAGAUCCUGAAUUAGACCAGGAAAAAAUGGAGACAGUGGCAGAUGAAGAUGAAACGGAAGAUUCUGCACCUCAACUCAAGAGGAGUGCAUCACAUGGAGAUCUUUCAACACCUGAAGCAAUGAAGUUACCCAAGUAUCUCAAUGUCCCAGCCUCCUAUGACCAAAAGCAGCUUUUCAAGCCAGAAAGAGGAGUCAGGCCCCUUCCUGAAUGGGCCAGGAAAAUAUUGCUUGCUAGUGCUCCUGCUGCUCCUGUAACUGGAGGAGCAGAAAUGGGCAGAGACAAUGUGGUUGAAAUUUUGUGCCAUGUGGAUAAAAUGUACGUAAGAAUCAGGAAAAGGGUCUUCAAAUCCAGAGAUGCAUACAAAUAUUUGAAACUAGGUACAUGCCCCGUUAACCAAGAAAAUGAGCACUAUUACUACUUUCUCUACUCUUUUGUAACUGGCUGUGGAUUCAAGAAAGAGAGUCAUGCAGAUUACUUGUCCAUCAGCAAUGUUCUCCGCUUCAGACAAACCACUCCAGUUUUAAGGGAAAUGCCAUUUGAAAUUCCUCUGCAGUGUCGGUUUCCCAGGUUCUUUCACUCAUACAAAGUUGGCUUCCACCCCAAACUGCGAGGAGGAACAGUUUUCAGAGCACUGAAACAAAAAAGAAUGUUCAGCCUCACCCUUGUAGAUGCGUCUGGAAAUAAUGUCACUGGGACCAAAAUCUACACCUUGGGACAGUCUAUGUACUUUGAGGCCAGUGUACUUUACACCACAGCAAGCUCUAGAAAUAAAAGGCUCUACAUCAACAAGUGCUUCAUGACCCCUUCCAGCAACCCAGACUCAAAUCUUAAAUAUACAGUCGUUGACAACAAUGGCUGUAUGAUUGAUGGCAAGGUGAUGCUACAGUCAAAGUUCCUUACUGGUAGCUCGAAGAUGGUGCAGAGAUUGACUGUGGGAGCUGUCAUCUUCAAGGACUCUGCUUCCAUGAUCUCAUCACAGGAACAGUACUUGCACUGUGAGAUCUUUAUGGGGUCACCUACUCCAACUCGUAAUUCGAAGGCUUGUAACUAUGAUCCAGUGACUGGAAGCUGGAAAGAGCUCUACGGGUAUGACACUGUGUGCGCUUGUUGUGAAUCAACUUGCUCGCCACCACAGCAAAGGGCUUCUAGGAAGAUAAUCUCAAGUCACUCUUGGAUGGUUGACUUGACCAGUGAAGAUGAACAUGUAAAGUCUGAGCCCAAGAUGAAGUCCCGUGAUGCUGGCAUGUUCAACUUGGAUGACUCGGAUACAGGAAAAACAUAAGGACUUCCUAAACAAUUGGGACCAAUAAUUUAAUGUUUAAAUGAUCAGAAUUGUUUUAAAAAUAGCGGCUUUAUUUCUUGAACUCUGCACAGUAUGCCAUUUAUGAAUGUACAACAACUUGUUUACUGUCAACGGUUCAAUUGAAAAUUAAAACUCUAAAUUGCACUGUC